AUGGCAGAUGAUGAAGUCAUGCGAAAUGGGGUUGAUGGCAGUCCCAACAAUGAGGUACAAAAUGCCGAUCCUAAAGGUACUCUGGAUGCCAGUGACUUAGGAAAAGGUUCACCCAUGGAUCCAGAGUCAGACGAAGAUGUACCAGUUGAGGCAGAGGAGCUUCAGGACGCUCUCACACGGGCGCCGCCGGUCAACAGCAGCUACCUACCCCUCCCUUGGAAGGGACGACUAGGUUAUGCAUGUCUGAAUACGUAUCUACGAUAUGCGACCCCGCCCGUUUUCUGCUCCCGGACUUGCCGCAUUGCCUCCAUCCUGGAAAACAGACAUCCACUCUCGGAUCCUUCGCAGCCCCCUCAUCCGACCAAAAACCGUCCUGAUCGUGAUCAGCCCGCUGAUGUCGCGCGCGGUCAGGCGUAUGUUGAGGCUAUAGGCCUCACCAAUGCUCGCGAUCUCGUCAAAAUGCUGCGCUGGAAUGACCGCUACGGAAUCAAGUUCAUGCGAUUGAGCAGCGAGAUGUUUCCAUUUGCGAGCCACAAGGAGUACGGCUACAAGUUGGCUCCCUUUGCCUCUGAAGUACUGGCAGAAGCUGGUCGUGUCGUUGCCGAGCUCGGUCAUCGCGUGAGCGUUCAUCCCGGUCAAUUCACGCAACUGGGCUCUCCUAAGGACGAAGUAGUGGAAAGCUCCAUUCGAGAUCUGGAAUACCACUCGGAAAUGCUCCAGUUGCUCCAGCUGCCACCUCAACAGGAUAGGGAUGCUGUUAUGAUUCUGCACAUGGGCGGCGUCUUUGGUGACAAAGAAGCCACUCUUGACCGGUUUAGAGAGAAUUAUCGAGGCCUAUCGCAGGACAUCAAAAAUCGGCUUGUCUUGGAGAACGACGAUGUCAGCUGGUCGGUUCACGACCUCCUGCCCAUUUGUGAAGAACUGAACAUACCCCUGGUACUCGACUUCCACCACCACAAUAUCAUCUUUGAUUCGAGCCAGCUCCGCGAGGGCACACUGGACAUCAUGUCCUUGUUUGAUCGGAUCAAGGCGACAUGGACCCGGAAGGGCAUCACGCAGAAGAUGCACUAUUCUGAGCCAGAACCAUCUGCCAUCACAAACCGCCAACGUCGGAAGCAUAGCCCCCGGGUCUCCACUCUUCCACCGUGCGAUCCCACCAUGGAUCUGAUGAUCGAGGCCAAGGACAAGGAGCAAGCUGUUUUCGAAUUGAUGCGGACAUUUAAGCUGCCGGGUCACGAACUUGUCAACGAUAUCAUUCCUCACGUGCGUAAUGACGAAAACAGGCCACAUAAGCCGCCGAGGAAGACCAAGAAGAACGGGGGUUUUGUGGAUCUGGAGGGACUGGUCCCACCUCCUCAGACUGUCCCUGAAGAAGAAGUGGGCAUGGGUGGUCCGGAGGGACGGGUCUACUGGCCUCCUGGCAUGGAGGAAUGGCUUCGACCGAAGAAGAUUGUUCGCACCAAAGCCAUCCAGAGCCCUCGCCGCACUCCUUCCACGAAGAAAGUAGCGGUCGAAAAUGGCGAUUCUGUACCACAGGAAGAACCGGAUGGAAGCGCGCUAGCUACGCCGGUGUCAAAGAAGAAGACACCUAAUGUAAAGAAACCGGUCUCCAGGAAGCGGAAAGCUUCUCCGGCGACUACACCGUCAGCUUCAGAUGAAGAAGCACCCGAAAUCCCAGAGAGGCCGACUCUUAAGCGAUCCCAGAGCAGUGGUGUUCGUCGAAGCCGACGAGCAAAGAAGGUGGACUACGCCGAAGAUGAAGACUCGGUCUGA